UCAGCUCCGGUCACAUUCGUCAAAACCAGGCAGAAAUAAUACUUUUUAUUUAUUUAAGCCCAACACGUCAAUUCGAAAUGCAAAAAAGGUCAACGCUUUUUGUAGUCGCGUUGGCGCUGCUCUCUGCUUUAGGAGGAACGCAAGCGAAAUCGGAUCCGGGCAUUGUGGACAUUCCGGUGAACUCGUUGAUACCCAACAUCAGGCAACAGCGUCCUCUGCUGGGUAAUUCCAAGAUCUAUGUGAAAAUAACGGGAUGCACCUCCAAGGUGGAAACAAACCUGACCAUAACCUUCCAGCUGACGAAGCAUCCUUGCAUCUACGAUGAUCGUCUGCUGGAGGCCAUUGCUCAAGACCCCUCGCUACAAAGUAAUGCCUCCAUCAAUAAUGUCUUGACUGUGGUCAAAAAAUCGUAUGCCUGCAAUGGUCUUAUCGUUUUGGUGGCCCCGCUGCCUGAGGGCGUUACUGGGAAACCGGAACCGAAGCAUCCCAUGAAGGAGAACAAACAUCCACUUUCGCCCACAACAAACCCCAUUGCAAGCGUUGAUGAGGAUGGCAUCUAUGAGAUUGAGAUUGUGAUUUCCCCAGAGCCCCGUGCUUCCGAGUUUAGUGCCAUUGUACACAUUGAAUUCCUGGGACCGCACGGUUAUAUCUCCGCCAUAGAUUGGCCUUUCCUGCCUUUCUAUUUAAUCAUGUGCAUUGUUUAUGUGAUAUUCGGCAUUAUUUGGCUCUUUGUUUCCUUUGCCCAAUGGCGGGAUUUAUUGAGAAUUCAGUUUUGGAUUGGUGGCGUCAUCUUGCUGGGCAUGCUAGAGAAGGCCUUUUUCUAUGCGGAGUAUCAAACGCUGACAAACUAUGGCGUGGCUGUUCAACAUGCUGAACUGGUGGCUGAGUUUGUGUCCUGUGCCAAACGCACGCUAGCCAGGAUGCUGGUCAUCAUAAUGAGUCUGGGCUUUGGCAUUGUCAAACCACGUUUGGGACCCAUGCUGCAUCGUGUUGUGGGCGUGGGCACUCUCUACUUUUUACUGGCCUGCGUGGAAAGCUAUUUACGCAUAACCAAUAUAAAAAGUGAUCGCAGUGAGCUUUUGGUGGCCAGUAUUCCCUUGGCUGUGCUCGACACAGGCAUCUGUUGGUGGAUCUUCACCUCGCUUGUCCAGACCACGCGCACUUUGAGGCUUAGAAGGAAUAUGGUCAAGCUUUCCCUGUAUAGACACUUUACCAACACGCUGAUUUUUGCGGUUAUCGCUUCCGUCAUCUUUAUGCUGUUUGCCUUGCGUUUGCGUAGAAUCGAGAACUGUACGCCUGGAUGGCGUGACAUUUGGAUCGAUACUGGCUUCUGGCACAUUCUAUUCUCUGUGUUGCUGCUGGUGAUUAUGAUACUAUGGCGACCCACGAAUAACAACCAGCGCUAUGCCUUCACACCUCUGCUGGAUAACCCCGAAGACGAGGACGACGAGGACGAAGAAGAUCAAUUUGUGGCCGAUGCCUAUGGGGUUAAGAUGCGUGGCCAGAAUGGCACGCCAAAAACGUCAGUGAACUCGCGAAAUGCCACCACCACCGAGGAGGAUGACCUGCGUUGGGUGGAGGAGAACAUACCCUCCUCAAUGGCAGACUCGGCUCUGCCCAUUCUCGACUCGGACGAGGAGAUUAUCAACACCAAGUUCGAGGUCUCCAAAAUGCAAUAAGCUGUGUUGGGCUGUGACUUUCGCUGGACCUAAAAGAGACUUGAAAAACAUUAACACAUCCGUGUGUGCUAUGUAUUCUUACAUAUUUUUUCAUAAUCGAGAACGAGGAAAACAAUUAGUACUUGACUUUAUUUCCCAGCUGCGUUAGUACCAACUCGAAAACCCGUGUAAAAUAUUGUAUUUAACAGUAGUUCCUUCUACAGCACACGUCCUCCCACGAAAUAAAUUUAACUUAUUUAUAAUACCUAGCCUAAGUUGUAGAUAAUCUCUAAAAAUGCGACGAACCGUAAACUUAAUUUACUUUGAUUUCUAUUCUGAAAACACACAGAUUGUUGUCCCCCUCUUUGUAUAUAACAAAACGAUCUAUAAUAAAACGUACAAGAAUGAGGAUUCUGUAAAAAUUAUCAUAAAAUUCA